CUGUUUAGCACGGUUUGUGUCUUCUUGAAAAAUCUUGUGGACGAAGUCAUUUAGAUGCCAAAAUAACCUUGAUGUGGCUGUUUAAACUGCAUAAAAUGACUAUCAAAUUAUAAAUCUCUUUAUAAUAUAUGUUUAUGAGCACUAUGGAGCGAAAUUUCCAAAGCUUUGAUCUCAUAUAUUGCUCCACCGUGGUGUCGCACCGGUAGAUUUCAAGCAAGAUGCAGUCCAAACGCGAGCAAGAUGGUGAUCGCGUACGCAAAAGUUCAAGACAAGGUAGAAGCAGUGUCCACUCACCAAGRACGAGUUCAAACUCCUCAAGCUCUGGRGUAAUGAUGGUGGGGCCUAACUUUCGUGUAGGGAAGAGAAUUGGGAGUGGAAACUUCGGUGAACUUCGCCUUGGGAAAAAUCUGUACAAUAAUGAGCAUGUCGCCAUUAAAUUGGAACCUAUGAAAUCGAGAGCUCCACAACUUCACUUAGAGUACAGGUUUUACAAAGCUCUUGGAAGUGGAGAGGGAGUUCCACAAGUCCAUUACUUUGGUCCRUGCGGCAAGUACAAUGCACUAGUCAUGGAGCUACUUGGACCAAGCUUAGAAGAUCUGUUUGAUCUCUGCAAUCGACAAUUCACUCUUAAAACUGUUAUUUCAAUUGCUAUUCAACUGAUCACAAGACUCGAGUAUGUGCAUUCUAAAAAUAUGAUCUACAGAGAUAUCAAACCAGAGAAUUUUCUUAUUGGUUGCAAAUCAAGUGGGAAAGGCAAAUUAAUUCAUAUCAUUGACUUUGGACUUGCAAAAGAAUACAUUGAUCCAGAAACCAAAAAACAUAUACCGUAUAGAGAACACAAAUCAUUAACRGGGACUGCAAGAUAUAUGAGUAUAAAUACACAUCUCGGAAAAGAGCAAAGUAGAAGAGAUGAUUUAGAAGCAUUGGGUCACAUGUUCAUGUACUUUCUUCGAGGAAGCUUGCCAUGGCAGGGUCUAAAGGCUGAUACUCUCAAAGAGAGAUACCAAAAGAUAGGCGACACAAAGAGGUCAACGCCGAUAGAUGUUUUAUGUGAAAAUCACCCAGAGGAACUAGCAACAUACCUUAUGUAUGUCAGAAGACUAGAUUUCUUUGAGACUCCUGAUUAUGAAUAUUUGAGAAAGCUUUUUAGAGAUUUAAGGGAGAAAAAAGGAUACGAUGAUGAUGAAGAGUUUGACUGGACACAUAAACCAAUUCCAAGCCCACUGAAUUCUAUGAGUCAUGACCAUCAUACAGCUUCAAAAGAUCCUCGUGCAUAUCCGAGAACAUCGGAACGAUUAACGUCAACAUCAGUCACAAAUAAGUCUGGACAAGACAGAAAGGGUGCGUGGGGAGACCCCCAUGGAGUGAAAAGCCCUGGUUUAUUAGCACCAACAGCAGAUAGACUUGGUGGGUCUGUACAAGUAGUAAGCUCAACCAAUGGUGACCUAGGACCUAAUGACGACCCAAGAGUGGAUGGAAAACUUCCACUUAAUAAUCAACCCGAAGUUGAAGUGGUUGAGGAAACGAAGUGCUGCUGCUUUUUUAAACGAAAGAAGAAAAAGAAACAGCCUGUGGCCAGACACAAAUAAUUCCCCACCAGGGGCCACUGAAACUCCACUUAGAGAUAGCAAUCCCACUCCAUGCAAAACACUGAGACAAUUCCGCAUCCUCAAAAACACAAAUUGUUUUGUAAGGAGCCAUUUUUAUAUAAACAGAAAAAUUAGUGUUAUUAUCAAGCUACUACAAGAGACURUUGGUAGUUUCUUACUAGAGAAUCGUACAUGUAUGCACACCUAAUAAAGUGUGUUUCAAGAAAAUGGAGGUGCCGUUUACACCAUGUGUGAGCGUCCAACAACCAAGAUUAUCGAAAGAAUUCCAUGUUUGCCACCAGAGUUCCGAUGGUGCUUGAUUCAGUGAACAUUAGUCGUCAGUUUCCUUGACAACAUUUUAGUUUAGUAUUUACCACUAACCAAAAAAAACAAGAAAUGAUGAAUUUAUAGAUUAUUUCAGAAGCAUUCUGGUACUUGUAGCUGUAGUUUUAGUCUUGUAAAUAGAUUUGAAUUACUUUGGCAAAUAUUUAAUUAUCAUUUUAAACCCUGA